CCCCCGCCACAAAGAAGCUUUUUUCAAAUGGCUCCCCAGUGCAGAGCCGGCAGUCCGUUGGCGGUCUGUUCGGUUCCUUUUCCUGGGGGCCCCGGCAGCCGAUGAGCGAUGAGCUCCGAGAAAUCCAGCAUACAGUUAAAAUGACCACCUCUUGGAGUGAUCGGUUACAAAAUGCAGCAGAUAUGCCUGCUAACAUGGAUAAGCAUGCCUUGAAAAAAUAUCGGCGAGAAGCCUAUCAUCGGGUGUUUGUGAACCGAAGUUUAGCCAUGGAAAAAAUAAAGUGUUUUGGUUUUGAUAUGGAUUACACACUUGCUGUGUACAAGUCCCCAGAGUAUGAAUCCCUUGGCUUUGAACUUACUGUGGAGAGAUUAGUUUCUAUUGGGUAUCCCCAGGAGCUGCUGAGCUUUGCUUAUGACUCUACAUUCCCUACCAGGGGACUUGUCUUUGAUACACUAUAUGGCAAUCUUUUGAAAGUUGAUGCCUAUGGAAACCUCUUGGUCUGUGCUCAUGGAUUUAACUUCAUAAGGGGUUCUCAGGUAGCUGCUCAGAAGAGACCGGAAACUAGAGAGCAGUAUCCAAAUAAAUUUAUCCAACGAGAUGACACUGAAAGAUUUUACAUUCUGAACACACUUUUCAACCUACCAGAGACCUACCUGUUGGCCUGCCUAGUAGAUUUUUUUACUAAUUGUCCCAGAUAUACCAGCUGUGAAACAGGAUUUAAAGAUGGGGACCUCUUCAUGUCUUACCGAAGUAUGUUCCAGGAUGUAAGAGAUGCUGUUGACUGGGUUCAUUACAAGGGCUCCCUGAAGGAAAAGACAGUUGAAAAUCUUGAGAAGUAUGUAGUCAAAGAUGGAAAACUACCUUUGCUUUUGAGCCGGAUGAAAGAAGUAGGGAAAGUAUUUCUUGCCACCAACAGUGAUUAUAAAUAUACAGAUAAAAUUAUGACUUACCUAUUUGAUUUCCCACAUGGCCCUAAGCCUGGGAGUUCCCAUCGACCUUGGCAGUCCUACUUUGACCUGAUCUUGGUGGAUGCACGGAAACCCCUCUUUUUUGGAGAAGGCACAGUACUACGUCAAGUGGAUACUAAAACUGGCAAGCUGAAAAUUGGUACCUACACAGGUCCUUUACAGCAUGGCAUUGUCUACUCGGGAGGUUCGUCUGAUACCAUCUGUGAUCUAUUGGGAGCCAAGGGCAAGGACAUUUUAUAUAUUGGAGAUCACAUUUUUGGGGACAUUUUAAAAUCAAAGAAACGGCAAGGAUGGCGAACUUUCUUAGUGAUACCUGAACUUGCACAGGAGCUACAUGUCUGGACUGACAAAAGUUCUCUUUUUGAAGAACUUCAAAGCUUGGAUAUUUUCUUGGCUGAACUAUACAAACACCUUGACAGUAGCAGUAAUGAACGCCCAGAUAUUAGCUCCAUCCAGAGACGUAUUAAGAAAGUAACUCAUGACAUGGAUAUGUGCUAUGGGAUGAUGGGAAGCCUGUUUCGCAGUGGCUCGCGACAGACCCUCUUUGCCAGUCAAGUGAUGCGUUAUGCUGAUCUCUAUGCAGCAUCUUUCAUUAACCUGCUGUAUUAUCCAUUCAGCUACCUCUUCAGAGCUGCCCAUGUAUUGAUGCCACAUGAAUCAACAGUGGAACACACACAUGUAGAUAUCAACGAGAUGGAAUCCCCUCUUGCCACUCGGAACCGCACCUCAGUGGAUUUCAAAGAUACCGACUAUAAGCGGCACCAGUUGACACGGUCGAUCAGUGAGAUUAAACCCCCUAAUCUCUUCCCACUGGCCCCCCAGGAAAUUACUCACUGCCAUGAUGAAGAUGAUGAUGAGGAGGAGGAAGAAUAGGAGGAAAACCAAAACUCUGACACUUAUUAAAUAAGUUAUGGCAGGACCCACAGGAACAGAUGGUCCCUGAUUGGGUGUUUAGUUGGGAGGGUGGAGGAGGAAGGACUCUCCCUCAAAGAUACAUCUGGAAAGUUUCUGAAGACUAACUACUCCUCUAGGGAGAUAUUAUUUUAGCUUUAUGUGUCUGCACACUUUGCAGAUGGUUCAAGUGGCAAUGGAAUUUAGUGGAAGAGGGGAUAAAAAAAGUCAGGCUGAAUUGAAUGCAGAUGGUUCCACUGUGGCUUGUGACAGUUUCCUUGUCUUGUUUCAUCAUCAGCAUAUACUAAAGGUGUCAGAGUGGAGCAAGGACAGCAGAGGUGAUUCCAAUGUUAAAAUGUUAUUUUAAAAAUUGUGCCCUUCCUACAAAAUCUGUCUUUUUUUCCAGUGUAUAAUGUAGUGUUGUAUAUCAGUGGAAAAAUAGUUUCCAUGAUCACAUGUAGUCUUCUGUAAAGUCAGGGUUCUUUUCAUAAACCUUUAAGUGUCCUCAGUGACUUUGCAGAUGUGUUUUCUACUUGCUUUAGGACUGGUCUGAGUAUAUUUUUAAUAGCAAAAAUGCUAGUUAUCCAAAAAUAAUUAUAUAAAAUUAACCUGUAGAGAAAAUUUAGCUGAAAAUAGGACAAAGCCCUCUGAAGAGGUGGUGAGUAAAAUUCAUUAGUAUGGUUCUUCCUACCCACUACCACUUUUCUCUAUCCUCUAGCCGUAUUAUAAAGUCAGGCCCUGGAGGAUGGAAGAGGGCUCUUUAAGCCAGGACCUUACUAAAGCAGAGGGCACAAUCAGUGUGAGUAGAUUCACUUCAGAAUCCCAAGUGGAAUCACUUCUUGUUUU